CCCCCAUCGACCCGCCCGCGUUCUCCUCCCGACGACCUGCCUCCCUCGACCGCACGGCGCCCUCGACGACCCGCCGCCGCACGCCGCCCUCGACCAGCCAACCCGCCGCCCUCGACCAGCCGCUUAGAGAGAUGAGAAAAGUUCCUGAAGUCAUGGAUUGAUAUUCCUAUAUUAAAAAGAAGAGCGAAAGGUGAUACUCGAUAUCGAGACGGAUGGGAAGCAUUCCUUGAAUAUGCAUAUGCUAAUCCGAGGAAGACAGAGAACGAUUUGUUGUGUUGUCCAUGCAGUAAGUGUAGUAAUAGAGGUCUGGUGGAUAGAGUUGCUAUACGAAGACACCUAGAAAGAUGGAGAUUUGAUGAAAAUUAUAAAUAUUGGAGUUUUCAUGGAGAAUGUGAAGAUAUUGAAUUAGAUGAUAGAAAUAUAGAUGAUACGCAUGCAAUGUUCAACGAUGUUACGAAAUUUGUAGAAGUUGAUGAAGUUCCAGAAGUACCAGAUGCCGUUGAAGUUCCUGGAGAUGCAGAUGAUGUCCAAAAUACCGAGGACGUGCGUGAUAGCGGGGCCUACAGAAAUUUAGUGAAGAUAUUGGAAGACAACGAGAAGGAUCUGUAUGAUGGUUGCAUUGAGUAUAGUAGGUUGUCAUUUAUUCUUGAACUGAUGCGUAUUAAGACCCUGAGCGGAAUGGCAGAUAAAUAUUUUCAAAUGCUUCUUAAUUUACUACGCAAGGUAAUUCCAGACGGAGAGAAUAGCAUACCAGAAAAGUGUUAUGAUGCAAAUAAGAUUGUUGGUGCUCUGGGUUUAGAUUACAAUAAGAUCGAUGCUUGUCCCAAUGAUUGUAUCCUUUAUUAUAAGGAUAACGAGAAACUUGAGGAAUGUCCAAAGUAUGGAGUGUCUCAAUGGAGAAAGAAUGCACGCACUUCAACACGAAAGUCAGAUGAGUCAAUGAAUCAACAGAAGAAAAUUCUAACGAAGGUGCUUCGACAUUUUCCCUUAGUGCCUCGGUUACAACGUCUGAAUAUGACAAAAAAUAUAGCAAAAGAUAUGCAGUGGCAUAAGGAAAGACGUGUAGAUGAUGGUAAAGUGAGACAUCCAGCAGAUGCAAAGGCAUGAAAGCAUGUGGAUCAUACUUUUCCCUCAUUUGCCACAGAGUGUAGGAAUGUCAGACUUGGGCUAUCUAGCGACGGAUUCAACCCGUUUGGCAUUAUGAGUUCUGGAUGGUCUACUUGGCCAGUUGUGUUAAUGCCCUAUAAUUUACCACCUAGACUUUGUAUGAAGCAAUCAUAUAUGAUUCUUUCAUUAUUGAUACCAGGCAAACAUUCACCCAGUAAUGACAUAGAUGUGUUCAUGGAUCCGUUAAUUGAUGAGUUAAAACGUCUCUGGGAUGAAGGGGUCCCAACAUAUGAUGCAUUUUCUUGUGAGUCUUUUAAUCUCCUUGCUAUUCUUAUGUGGACAAUUAAUGAUUUUCCAGCUUAUGGUAAUCUCUCAGGUUGGUCUACGAAAGGGACAGUCGCUUGUCCUAUAUGUGGUCCGAACUUCGAAGGCUUUUAUUUACAACACAGUCGAAAAAUGUGUUAUUGAUUUAACAGAAGAUGGUUAGGAAAAGGACAUAAAUUCAGGGGUGAAAAUGGGCAAAUAAGUUUGAUGGCCAAGAAGAGAAAAGAGGGGAGCCGCGUGAAGUGACUGGAGAUGAGAUUGUGAACUUGUUUGAGGGAUAUCCUAAAUUCAAGUUCGAAAAGAACCGAUUUACAAAAGAGGAAAUUCUCGCUCUGAGACGCACUUCUAUCAUGAAGAGGGAACCUAAACGAAAGAGGUAAGUGCGGAGUUUAGAUGUCACACAUACUGAGACUUUGCCGACGGGAUGGACAAAAUUUAGUAUAUUCUUUCAGUUGCCUUACUGGCACAAGCUCAAACUCCGACACAAUUUAAAUGUAAUGCAUAUUGAAAAGAAUAUAUGUGAUAACUUAUUAUCCAUACUUCUACAAGAUGGUAAGAAAUCAAAGGACGAUUUAAGGGCUCGACAAGACUUGAAUGCGUUGAACAUCCCACAUGAUCUACAAGCACAAGAAGUCGCCAAUGGAAAAUUUGAGAUGCCUUCAGCUCGUAUUACAAUGUCAAAAGUUGAGAUGUAGAGAUUCUGUGAGGUGCUUAAGUUAGUGAAGUCACCAGAUGGUUACUGCUCUAAUAUUUCAAAUAAUAUCCAAGUGAAAGAGCGAAAACUUUUAGGACUUAAGACUCAUGAUUAUCAUAUCCUUCUUCACCAAUUGCUUCCGGUAGCACUUCGUAACAACAUGGCCGAUGAAGAAGUAGCAAAAGUUAUAAUCGAAUUCUGUGGAUUUUUUAAAAAGUUAUGCUCAAAAGUUAUCAAUAUUGAUGAAUUUAAGGCACUAAAAGGAGAAAUGAAUGAAACCCUCUGCAAAAUGGAGAUAUUCUUCCCUCCAUCAUUUUUUACGAUCAUGGUCCAUCUCACACAUCAUCUUGUAGAUGAGGCAUUACUCGGAGGACCAGUUAACUAUCGUUGGAUGUAUCCCAUGGAGUAAAUUCAAUUAAGUCUAUUUACAAUACAUGUAAUUGCUUUAUAUUAACAACUCAUAUUAAUAUUAUCUUUAGAUAUUUGGGUUUUUUGAAACACAUAAUGCGAAAUCGGGCUCAUCCUGAAGGAUCGAUUGCUGAUCAUUACGUGGCAAAUGAAUGUAUGAUGUUUACCUCUCGGUAUAUACAUGGUGUACAUACAAAAAAUAAGGAGAUAAAUAGUAAUAGAGAUGACACCUUUCAUGAAAGUACCAAGAUGAACAAAGGCUAUUCCAGAAUUGACUUGAAUCAGGCUCAUGCCUUCUUAUUGCAAAACCUGGAAAUCUUUGAAGAUUAUCGCAAGUAAGAAAUUAACUUUAACAAAUAUGAUUUUUUUGAAUUAUAUCAAUAGUUGAACUCUAAUUUUUUCUAUCAACAGACGACAUUUGGAGGAGUUACAUUUAGAAAUAACUAGUGUGUCCGCACGAAAUCAAAUUGCUAAAAUUCAUGAAAAACAUUUUACCGAGUGGGUCAUAGCUAAAGUAAGUUAAAGUGUAUUUUAUUUUACAUUCUUUUUGGGAAUAAAUAAGGCUAACUAUUUAACGCUAAUUUGUGUUUAUGUGCAACAUUAGGUAGAAAGACAAAAAUGUGCUGGUUUGCCAGUGUCAGAAAAGAUAAGUAUUCACUCACAUGGACCGCACUACACAGUUAAACAAUACAGCGGAUAUCGUGUAAAUAGGUGUUUAUUUUAACGGGUUGGGCUUGAGGAGGAGAGAGUUACUCAAAAUAGUAGGGUCGUGGCUACAUUUUCUCAAGAAUGUUAUUCAAGCUCAACUGAUCAAAAUCCAGUACUUGGUGAUGUAAUUUAUUACGGACAAUUAGAAGAUAUUGUGGAGAUAUUCUAUGCGUACGGUACCAAAAAUAUACGUAGUUAUGUGAUGUUUAAGGUUCGUUGGUGUCAUGCAGACAGUACUAGGGAUGCAUAUGGUUUUCAUCUUGUAAAUCUAGAUAAAGAGAUAUAUCCCGAUAUGAAGUUUAUGUUUGCAAAUUAGGCUACUCAGUGCUUUUACGUCAAAGAUCCUAAGCACCCGAAUGUCUGGGUCGUAUUGUAUAAGGAGCCGAGAACUCUUGUUCAGCUUGCUCUUGAUGAAAACUCGGAUGAUACUAAUGACCCAAAUGAGGCCGAAGGAGAAAUUUUUCUUAAUUACUCAUACCCUCAGAAUAUCAAUUUUAAUAUGUAUACUUCACAAAUUCGACUUGAUAUCUGUAAUGUAGGAGAUUGAAUACAAAGAUCCUUAUGCAAAUUCGACUUGAUAUCUUGUAUGCAUUUAUUAAAUAUUUUAAUUGUGUUAGAUUAACAAUUUAAGUUGCAGAUGAGCCAAAGAGUUAGGAGGCUAUCUUUUCCUAAAUCGAGAAGGGAUCUUCCUUACGACCAUCUCGGAGUCAGUUAUCUCUACAUGGAUCCUCACUAAUUGAAGAUAUUGUGGGGACAUCUCAACUGGGUACACCGUAACAUCAAGACGCAUUACUAGAUAUAGACAAUGCUUGCGAUGGAUCUGGUGAUGAUGAGAUCGAGCACGAGAGGGUGUCCAGAUCUUCUCACUCAGAGAUGGCAUGUCUCCGCCCAUGGACUCCGUCAGUAUCUUGCAUCCCUCUACCAAAAAAAUCUAUUGAAUUACAAAAAAUGUGAUAUGAACUACAAAUUGAAGAGAGAUGAUAUUAAAAGAAAGGAGCAUGCCAUAAAACAGAGACUAGAUAAAGCUAUGUCAGAUCUAAUGAGGGAAAAAAGCCAAAAAGAUUAUGAGAAACCCGGUAGGCAUGGGAGUGAGGAAAAGACGAAAGUACCUCCGAAAGGGUACCGGGGCAUUUUGGAGUGGAAGGACAACAUUCCUGUUGGGGAUUGGGCUGUCAAAUUUAAUAACUUGAUUGGCUAUUUAAUAAGAGAUCCACGCUCCAUUAAUAUUGCUCAUAAUUUUGAGGAGCAAGAAUUUAAAUGCAUAAAAAAGAUUUGGGAGAAGCUCAUGGAUCAUUAUUGUCUUAAAGACAACCCAGAGUCUUGGGAUUAUGUUAUCCCCAAAAUGGCCAAGCUUAUUCGGUGUUGGAAGAGUGAUCUAAAGAAAAGAUAUUUCACAUAUUUAUCUACUGAUUGGAAGAGGAUCUAUGAACUUGAUAAGAGAGUUCCUCCAUUUAAUUGGAUGACUCUUAUUAUCGAGUGGGAGGGUGAGAAGAAGAAAAUAUGUGAAACGACAUCGGUGAAUCGUAGAUCAAAGCUAUACGAUCACUUUUUAGGAGCUACUCCUUAUGUUCAGAUCGAGCAUAAGUAUUUGAACAAAAACCCGGCGGCGCUGGAAGCUUCUCAAAACGAUGUCUUCACCCGUGCCACGCAGUCUUGAAGUACAGAGGACACUCCUGUAGAGCCUAACCACAUGACCAGAGACGAGUGGAUUGGAAGUUGUCGACGGAGCUUACGGUUCACACUCAAGAAAGAAAGGAAGAGUGCCUCCGUCAAGUACUUGAGUUAAAACACUCACCACCACCAAUAAGCCUAGCAGCCAAUCUGUGACCUCGACGCGACACGGUGACACGUCAUAUGUC